UAGGCAUUAAAGUUGUGUCUUUAACACAUAGCUUACGACUUGCUGGGUCUAUGCUGUCACUACAGCACGCUGAACUCUCCACGCAGCGGUGGCACAGGUGAAAGUCUGCUGCCUGUGAAGGCUCACUUCCCAUUUAUCCUCUUCUAUUUGUGGCCAGUGCCACGCCCUCCUGACUGGACAGGAAAAAGUUCAGCAGCCAUCUCUCUGGUUCAGACCAACCGCUGCACUUUGUCCACAAGGACCUCAAAGAAGACGCUCCUCCAUGAGAAGGAUUUUCUAAUUAAUCCGCUGAUUAUACACACAUCUGGGAGAACAAUAACAUUUCUUACCUGAUAUAUAUAUAUAUAUAAUUUUGUUUUUUUUAUAAAGGAUCAAAUCCAUUCCCUCUGAUGAUGCUGGACUCUCCCUCCCGCUAGAAGCUACAGUUCACCACCAUAGGGGCCUGCGGCUCAUUGUUGGGGAGGAUGGCUGGGUGCUGUGUGUCGGCGGAGGACCGGGAGACCAAGAGGAUCAACGACGCGAUAGAGGAGCAGCUGCGGAGGGACAAGAAGGAUUCCCGCAGGGAGCUGAAGCUGCUGCUGUUAGGCACGGGUGAGAGUGGAAAGAGCACCUUUAUCAAACAGAUGAGGAUCAUCCAUGGAGGAGGGUACACAGACGAGGACAAGAGGAGUUACGCCAAGCUGGUCUUCCAGAACAUCUACACAUCAAUGCAGACCAUGAUCCGAGCAAUGGGGCCGCUCGGCAUAUCCUUCUCUGAUCCGCAGAACCAGAACAAUGCAAACUCAGUCCUGGAGGUAGAGGUGGACAAGGUGGAGGAGUUGGAUCAGAACCUUGUUGUUGCUAUCAGGAACCUGUGGAACGACGCUGGAAUCCAGGACUGCUACGACCGGCGCAGGGAGUACCAGCUGUCCGACUCCACCAAAUACUAUCUCACCGACCUGGAUCGGAUUUCCCAGCCUUCCUACCUGCCAGACCUCCAGGAUAUCCUCAGAGUCCGAGUGCCAACAACGGGAAUAAUUGAGUAUCCCUUUGACAUGGAGAACGUCAUUUUUAGGAUGGUGGAUGUUGGAGGUCAGAGGUCGGAGAGGAGAAAGUGGAUCCACUGCUUUGAGAACGUCACCUCCAUCAUUUUCCUGGUGGCGCUCAGCGAGUACGACCAGGUCUUGGCAGAGUGUGACAAUGAGAACCGCAUGGAGGAGAGCAAAGCCCUGUUCAAAACCAUCAUCACUUACCCCUGGUUCGAGAAGUCUUCUGUCAUUCUUUUCCUCAACAAGACCGACAUCCUCAAGGAGAAGAUCAUAUACUCUCACUUAGCCACCUACUUCCCUGAAUUCACAGGGCCUCAGCAGGAUCCAGGAGCAGCUCAAGAAUUCAUCCUCAAGAUGUACCAAGAACAAAAUCCCAACAAAGACAAGAAGCUGUACUCCCACUUCACCUGCGCCACGGACACCGAAAACAUCCGCUUUGUCUUUGUGGCCGUGAAAGACACCAUCCUCACAGCCAAUCUGAAGGACUUCAACCUGGUGUAGCUGCCACUAGAGGAAAUGCCAUGCAACCGUUUACCCAUAUCUCAUGUAAAAGAUUUUCUGGAUCAAAUAUUAUCCCAAAAGCACAAGGUCCAAUUUAGCUGAACAGGUGGAACCCACGACGCACAAACAAUGAUUCGUGUCGGGUAUUUUGCCUGAACCAUAACUUUGUAUAGAUGAAGUUUAUCUUUUCUUUUCGGGUCUGCUGUAAAGGCUACUUUAAAGCUGUAAUAAGAACGUGAAUGCUAGAGAGGUAACUGACCGACUUACCCGAUGUGUGAAUAAUAUUCUUUAAAAAUAUAAAUCAAAAUUAUAUAAGAGGCCUUAACUAACAUAAUCCCGUUUAGAGCUUCUUUAGGCACAGAUUUUGCUGCAAAGAGGCCAAUGUACUCAGAACGUUUAUCUUUUUUAGGUGUACAUAAUCUGAGAUGUACUUACAGAAGCUGGGCCUGUUUAUUUAAGUAGCAAUAAAAAUAGCUUUUGUUGAUGCUGUUGUGAAAACUGAAAAGCAUAAACAUGUUCUUGGUACUAUAGAUUAAUAAAGACGGCACUGAAAUUAAGAAUUUAACUGACGAAUAUUUUUUUAUUUCUCUGUGAAAACCGCAUGAAAAAAAAAACAACCAUUCGGACAAUCCUCUCAAAAAAUAAAACAACAACAAAAAGAAAUCAAAUGAGGAAGAAUAAAAGUAAGAAUGGCAUCAGAAAUAUUUACUCUUGGUAUUCGCUGACAGCAGGAAACCUGAAUCUUGGAGAAAAUAGCAGCCAGUUGUAAUUAGAACUCCUUUAUUUUUAAAUAAACUUUUCUCUGCAUAUUUCUUUUGUAAAGGUUGCAUUGCAUAUAUUUAUAUAUAUAUAUAUAGUACAAAAACAUGAAAGCAACAUUACCAUCUGAAUUCCACAGACUUGAUGUGAUCAAAGUAAGUUAAAUGAACAUACAGCAGAUAGAGUACAGUAUAAAAAUAGCAUGCAUCUGAAAACUCAACUAAUUCUUGGAAAAUGUGUUUAUAAAAAAAAAAGUAAACCUUGAAGAAGAAAAAGGAAAACACUGAUUUAUAAUGAUGUUACAGUAACACUUUGAUUCCCUUUUAUAUGAUCUGGUAAAUAAUUAACAGCUUUCAAUGCUGAAUGUAAGGUUGAUAAUUUGGCCUCUGUUAUUUAGGAUGCUUCCAAUUAUAUUUCUACAUUUUUCACACAAAUAAAAACAUAAUUAAUAACAAAGAGGAAUAAAUUCAGUGACAUGAUGCAUUCGACGGUGAAAAAUAAAACUAAAGACACCUAAAAGGCUUUAAAACACGCCGGCCUUUUACACUAAACGUUAUAAAAUGUAAAGGUAAACUUGAGGAUUAAUGUUGCUCUGGUCAAAAAGACCAAUGAAACUAUAUUUGUGCAAAAAGAAUGAGUGCAAUUAGAGCAGUGGCAAAGUUUGGUGAAAUUAAUUUCUGUGGUGAAAUUGUGUAAUUCAGAAACACUUUUUUUUUUUGUUUAACAAUAUAACUCCUGUUUAAAUCUUUCACUCCUAACUUCAUGCAGUCAGUCAAUCAACAG